GCAACUGAUUCCGACAAGACUUUGGUUCGUCUUCGACGUUAUGUGCAUCAGCCGCACACACUACAACUAGACGAUUGCCACCAGAUUGCUUUCGAACAAUUCCGAAGCACAAUGGAAGAGUUGGGAUUUUGCAUCGGAACGGAACAAAUUCCUUUCAUGAAUAUGAUUGGACAGCGAGAGUUGGCCGAACGGAUUUCACCUGGUCAAAGCUUGUGGAAAAUGGUUCAGGAUCGCCUGCAGAUGAAAUCGUUUCAGCGUCAACAACUGGAGGAUCAAAGUUUGAAAAGUUACCUCCGCAAAAAACUGAACAGUGUCAUGAUCUUUGAUAAUCGUGAUAAGAUUGCCGAAUUAAACGAUCGUAUCAAAGGAAGCAAACACUUCCAGAAAUUAGAAAAGUAUGCCGAUACGGUGGCUAGCAACAUUGCUCGAAAAGAGUUGGACUCGUACAAAAAUGUACUGAAGAGGUACGAAACUAAAUUAACCAAACUGGUGGCAGAAAAUGAGAUACUCGAUGAAAAGCGCUCGGUCUUAAGCGUUAAACUGAAUGAGCAGGCAAGCGUUGUUCCGGAAACCUAUGAACUGGCGAUGGAAGAUAUCGCCAACAAAUUAUUUCUCACUAAAUUAGGACAGACAAAAAUGAAAACUCUGCAACAUACGACCGGAUCGUCGACGCAUGUGAACAGCCAGAUUAAAGAUUUACUAAGCAAAUUGGCACGCGAUAUUGAGGAAAUUUUGUAUCAAAAGACAGCGGUCGAUGACUUGGUGGCCAACGUAAUCGAAAUCGAUUUUGAGGUAGAGCACGUUGAGAAACUAUUGAAUCUGCUUUACGCUCUUUCCUCGGAACCAACGGCACUUUUGGAUUGUGAAAGUUCGCUGUCACUCUUGAUAGAAUCAACAAAACGCUGCAUUCCGACGGUUGAAAACGAGGUCGGUGUGUUACUUGAAGAAAUAGAACAGUGCAGGAAAAAUUUGACUUCGUCCUGCAAAUCUAAACAACAUGAUAAUCUAUUGAGAAAAGGCGGGGAGCUGUUUAUUGAGCUAGAAGCAAAAGCGCAGGAAUUCAUCCAACUCAACGCCUCUGUUCUUCAACUUAACCAGGACCUGUGUGAGAAGGAAAACUCAAUCACAGCUUCCUUAACUUCGAUGGAUUUUGUUUCACUCGAGUCGAUCAGUGGCAUGGCCAACAUAAAAGAUGUUAUCGCUAAGACCGAUCGUUCGGAGUUGAAAGCGAACUUCGUAGGAUUUGUUUUUGAGCAUCUGCGCUUCACCGAUGCAACUGUCGCCGAAACAGUUCUACCACAUCUCAAGGAGUUCCUCACCAUUGCUGUUUUUUAUGAGCAAAAUAUUGCGAAGCGAAUUUUAGAUUUGCUUUCGCCCACUCAGUCGUACGAUAUUUUGGCUCUAGAUAAUGCGUCUGAUGAUGAACCCAUAAGUAGCAAGAUGCCGCCAAACGUACUUCCGCUAGCGGAUCUUCUCGCAGAUAGUCCCAUCCGGACUGCACUGAGAAAGCUACUGCGAAAUUACUACUAUUCUUAUGAGGAUUCCGACUCUAUUGAGGCACCGCUAGACAUAACUAUUAUUUUCCUGCGUGACGAUAUAGUGUUUUCUGAAGGUGGACUCAUCUCCGGAGGUUGUACUACCGCAGGACGAGAACUGCUUAGCACGAUAGAGAACAUGGUUGAUUUGAAACUGGAAACGAUCAAUCUGAAACGAAUGCUUCAAAGUGCUAGGCAAACUGUACUGGAAAAUCAGCAACGCAUGAGAUCGAUUGAAGCUGAGUUGAUGGCAAUAGAGGUGGAUUCUUUUGAAAGAUUCGACCAACUCUAUCAAACAACUCAAAACUGGUCCAAAUUAUCCUCCCUACUAGAGCAAUUAGCAUGCCAGCAAAAAUCGUUAAUUCACUUGAAAACCCAGGCUUCCUGGUGGAUCAAACAGUUGGAACUAAUGGCAGCUGGUCAGUUCUCGAACCAGGAACAUUACAAACAAAAACUAACUGAACUAAAAAUCACCCAAACUGCAUCCUCACAUGAACUGCACCUGUUGGAAACAAAAUAUGACAAACAUCUAAUUCAAUUCAAGUGGGACCUUCGAUCUCUCGAGGAACUGCUAGUCCAAGCCAGAACAAUUCGGCAUUUGGCCAUACUGCCUGAGAUUGGACAACAAUUGGUAAACUUUUGGAACGACUUCGGACGCAAUUUACAGGAACAGCUUGAGAAAUUAGAAAGUGAAUCGGCUGAUCGAAAAUGGACCGCACUUGCGCAUGAAUUGGAUCAGUUGGAACAGAGUUCGUGCGAACCACAGCGUCUUCUGGUAGCUUACAAUGAGCGUCUUCGAGAAAUGGACCGCUUGUAUAGGGAAGUUUGUUCUCAGAUGGAAAAAUAUCAACGUCCCGCUGGCGUUCCCCUGCGGGGAAAGGAAAACUUGCAACGGUUGUACGAGUACAAAAGACAAUUAUACGAUGUAAAUACACAACCAGGCUAUAAAGAGAACGAACUGAAAUGGUUCCAGUACAAGCUGAAAAUGUUGCUGGAAGAUGAGCGGUUGGUGGACAAUUAUAGGACCACGUAUCUAUCGAAUUUGACGUUGCCAUCCAUCGAGAAGAUAUAUGUUAUCAAGCUACGAAUGAUAACGGAAAUGAUGGCUGGGAUACCAGCAUUUUUGCGGCUGCCAGGAAAGAUUAGUUUGGUUUUACUGUGUCCACAGAAUUCUGUACAACAAUCGGAGAAUAAACAGAUCAACAUCAGCGAUGCUAUUGGUCUCUCGAUAUGCUUUGUUAACAAGGACCAGCGCAAGCUCGAAGCGGAUUCCAGCGGCAUAUUGGCCUCACCAAAUCUUCUGUUCUUCCUGUGCUUUCUUUCGAGUGAGGGAUGCAAAUUUCUUCUGUUAACGGAUUGUCUAGCGGAUCUCGACCAAAAAAGCGAGCACGAUUUGCUACAAGUGCUUGCAGUUUUCUCUCGAAAUAUGCAAAUUUUUGUGACGACUACGCACAAACAAGUAUUCUACAGUAACAUAUAACUCCACGUAUCGAUAAGAUCGAAACUGACAGCAUCGCGACUGUAUCGCCCAACCCCAGCAUUUUAGAAUCAAAACAAAGCGCAAAAAAAUAUUUUCCCGAUUGUUUCUGCAGAAAAUACGCAGUUUUAUCGAAUUUAUUCUGUUUCGGUGUCCACAAAAC